AGCAGUCCGGAAGUAAGACGUUUAUUGACAAUAUGGCCGCCAAGCUGGGUCUGGAUUUGGGGAAAAUUGAGAUUUGACAGCACACACCGGGACAGCGAUAUCAGCCCAUUUCCACCUCAGGAGGCUACGGAACAGAUGCAUUUGAAUGAAGGGACCCGCGUAUCCACGGGACGGUGUCAGUGAGCUGAGGAAACGUCCAGAGUGUGAACCCCGUCAUGUCGUUUUUCAAGAGGAAAGCCAAAAGCAAAGAACCGGAGAAAGUGACGGAUGCUAAAGCCAAUAGAGCUCCAGUCAGCCCUCACUCUCCGUCACUAGCACUGAGGAACCACCAUGCCAUCCAGGAGGCUGCGGGUCCCAGCCACGUGGCCAUCAACGCCAUCUCUGCUAACAUGGACUCGUUCGCCCGCGGCCGCACCGCCAUCCUCAAGAAACAGCCAAGCCACAUGGAGGCUGCGCACUUUGGAGAUCUUGGUCAUUCCAGCGUGAACUACCACCCCCAGGAGACUCGCUCUCGACUGUCCAAGACGGUGGACCAGGUCCUCCGAGACAAUGUGGCGAUUCCACACUACACGCAUUUCACGGAGCUACGGGGCGCCGACCACCUGCUCCAGUUCUGGUUGGAGGCCGAGAGCUUCCGCUCUGCCAGCUGGUCUCGCGUGCGAGCCCACAGCCUCAACUCCGUCAAACACAGCUCCCUGGCCGAGCCCGUCCCCGCCUCUCCAGAUGGCUCGCAGCUCGCCCCGAACACGCCCGCCGCCCUCGCCCUCGCCCGGCACAGCAGCAGCAGUGAAGGCCCCGCUGCGCCGUCUGAGAGGAGGGACUCCUCCAGUUCAGAAGCGAGCCUGAGGUCCAGCACGCCUCGAGCGGAAACUCCCAGCCGGCAGGUAUCCUCCAGGACAGGAACUCCAAGCAAGGGGCCGUCAAACACCACCCUGCAAGGCAUCUCUGACACGCUCAUGAAAAGUAUAGAGAAAGAUGCUGUUAACAUCUUCACCAAGUACAUCUCUCCAGACGCUGUGAGGCCCAUUCCCAUCACAGAGCAGAUCAGAAAUGACAUAGUUGCUAAGAUCUGUGGAGAAGAUGGCAUGGUGGACCCAAACUGCUUCGUCAUCGCACAGUCGGUAGUCUUCGGCAUCUUGGAACAACAGCACUUUAGUGAAUUCCUGCGGAGCCAUCAUUUCUGUAAAUACCAGAUUGAAGUGUUGACUAGUGGCUCUGUGUUCCUGGCUGACAUCCUGUUCUGUGAGUCAGCUCUCUUCUACUUCUCAGAGUACAUGGAAAAGGAAGAGGCGAUGAAUAUACUGCAGUUCUGGUUGGCGGCAGACAACUUCCAGAACCAGCUAGCGGCUAAGAAGGGCCAGUAUGACGGCCAGGAGGCUCAAAACGAUGCCAUGAUCCUCUACGACAAAUAUUUCUCACUCCAGGCCACCAACCCUCUGGGCUUCGGCGACUCCGUGCGGAUGGAGAUAGAGUCGAAUAUCUGCCGAGAGGGAGGCCCGCUCCCCGACUGCUUCACCACUCCUCUGAGACAGGCCUGGACAACCAUGGAGAAGGUCUACAUGCCAGGUUUCCUGUCUAGCAACCUUUACUACAAAUACCUGAGUGACCUCAUCAAUUCGGUUCGGGCGGAUGAGUUUGUGAAUGUCAGCUCUCUGGGUCAGGGCGGGCCCGCAGACAGCGAUCGCUCAAGUUCAAAUGCCAGCGAGGGCUCUCAGACUCAGCAAGCAGCCAAAAGGGCAGCGAUCAAAAUCCUGAAGAACUUUGACGAGGCCAUCACGGUGGACGUCGCCAGCCUGGAUCCGGAGUCCUUGUACCAGCGGCCGUACGCCGGAAAGAUGACGUUCGGGAAAGUGAAUGAGCUCGGCCAGUUUAUCAGGGAGGCCGAGCCGGAGCCGGAUGUGAAGAAGUCCAAAGGUUCUAUGUUUUCUCAAGCCAUGAAGAAAUGGGUUCAAGGCAACUCAGACGAGGCCCAGGAGGAGAUGGCAUGGCAGAUUGCCAAGAUGAUCGUCAACGAUGUUGUCCACCAGUCAAACUAUGACAGCCCCGGCAAGUCCACAAAGUUAUGACCCCGCUGAGGAACCAAAGGUCUGUCUCCCUGCCCCGCAGACGCUGGCCCAGCCAGUGAUGAACUGUACACAGGGUCUACACUGAGACAAACUGCAUUACUCUGAGAACGAACAAGGCAUUUUAUCACCCAACCACCAUGUGUCUGUCUGUCUGUAUGUGUGUGUGUCCGCGCGAGUGUAACUGCAAGCUUGGGUGAGUGAUUGUUCACGCAUGGACUAAUAGAAAACUUGAAGUACAUCACUGUUCCAAUCUUCCAACUCCAUAACACUAUAAAGGUACAUGUGUAGUCGCCAAAAAUGAAGCAAAGCUAAGUCAUCAGGCUGAAGGAAGUCACUCCUGAGGGUGGAAGCCUUCACCACGAUACCAGAAGAAAACAGCAGCAUUUCAGUCAGGACUACCACUGCUUUUGUCUCUUAUCUCGGACCUAUGGAGGAUGCGUCAAAGACUGAAUUAUGUUCACUCCCGCCCCCACCCCCCCACCCCUUGGCUUUUUAUAACCAUUCCUUGUUUUUACAUAAAGUUUUCUCCUAAGGAUCGACUACUUAAGGAGCGUUGUACAGUUUUUUUGCAGACGCUUCCCUCAGCCUGCCUAGAGUGGUCCUGUCAGCCGUUCACCGACGCUAGCUGCCUGACUAUGGCCGUUCACGUACUGUAGAACAUGUUGAAAUGUGACAAUGAAACAGAAGCAGAGCUGAUUCAGCUCUUGGACUGGCUGACCUUCUGUAUGAAUAUCCCGGCACCUUUACAGAGCGUAGAAGAAAUACUCCCUAAUGAACUCAAGUACUCCAGUCGUGUUGGAAAACUCUUGUCCUAAAUGUUCUAUAUAUAUAUACAUAUAUAUAUAUAUAUAGAUAUAUAAAUAUUUAGAUUUCUGGUUUAUCCCAUACAUUAAUGUUAGUCCUUUUUUAUGGUGAUCGCUGUUUUUUUUCUCCAUACAUCGCUAAGACAAACUCCAGCGAUGACCGGACUGUUCAAACUGGAAUAUGUGCUCAGUGAAUGAAACAUUUUUUUAAUGUCUUUUGAGCCUUACCAAGAUGUGGAAAAGAACCAGAAAAGACUCUUGGUACUAUGUACCACUAAUGUUUUCUGACAUGUAUGUGUACUUAAUCUAUAAUAUAUUUAAAUUGUGUUUGAUUUAAAUACAUAUAUUAUGAAA